GACGCGUCGCCGCCAGGCACCCGCCAGAAACACCAGUGUGCUGGGGGGAGGAGGGGGGCGUGCUUGCGAGUCUAGGGCUUUGGUUUUUUUACGGCUCCCCCCUCCCCUCAGCACUCCAUGCCGGGUCUCUAGUUCCAGCUCGCCUCAGCUCGCUCGCGCGGCGGGAGAGUUGGCGCAAACCUCGCCGCAGCCGCAGCCUCCUCGCGCGCCUCUUCUUCCCCUGCGCCCUCCGCUCCCGCUAUGGGACUAACGUGGGGCUCCUAAGAGUUGCCCACUCUCAGCUGCGCGCUCUCCAGCUAAAGUCACGGCAGGCGGACUAUGGCUUAGGACGCCCGAGGGGUUAGUCUAGAGGUCGGGAAGAAGAAAAGACGGCUAACUGGGGGAAAAAAGAGAAAACGAAAGAAAAGCCAAACGAUGAGUUUCCACAAGGAGGACGGAGUGAACGGUCUGUGCCAGAAGGCGCUGCACAUCGUCACCGAGCUGUGCUUCGCGGGCCAGGUGGAAUGGGAGAAGUGCUUGGGCAUCUUCCCUCGGGACAGGGGCAGCCAGGGCGGAGGCAGCACAGAUAUUUCGGUCAGCCUGUUAGCAGUCGUUGUCAGCUUUUGUGGACUGGCCUUGUUGGUUGUCUCACUUUUUGUCUUCUGGAAGCUGUGUUGGCCAUGCUGGAAAAGCAAACCUGUGACUUCCAACGUCACUACCCUUCCACAGAGCAUUUCAAGUGCUCCUACUGAAGUUUUUGAGACUGAAGAGAAAAAAGAAAUUAAGGAAAAUGAAAAGCCAGCCGUAAAAGCUAUUGAGCCUGCAAUAAAAAUCAGCCACACUUCCCCUGACAUCCCAGCAGAAGUCCAAACUGCUUUAAAAGAACAUUUAAUUAAACAUGCACGUGUGCAAAGACAAAUUACUGAGCCUACGUCAUCAUCUCGCCACAAUUCCUUCCGAAGACACCUGCCGAGGCAAAUGCAGGUUUCCAGUGUUGAUUUUAGCAUGGGCACGGAACCUGUUUUACAAAGAGGAGAAACAACAACCAGCAUUGGGAGGAUAAAGCCAGAACUCUACAAACAGAGAUCAGUUGACUCUGAGGGCAACCAAAAAGAAGAUGUCAAAACCUGUGGGAAACUUAACUUUACCCUCCAGUAUGAUUAUGAAAAUGAACUUCUAGUUGUUAAAAUUAUCAAAGCCUUAGAUCUCCCUGCUAAAGACUUCACAGGAACUUCUGACCCUUAUGUGAAGAUGUAUCUUCUUCCAGACAGGAAAAAGAAAUUUCAGACCCGCGUGCACAGAAAGACUUUAAAUCCUCUAUUUGAUGAAACUUUUCAAUUUCCUGUAGCAUACGAUCAACUAAGCAACCGAAAACUACAUUUCAGUGUAUAUGAUUUUGACAGAUUUUCUAGACAUGAUAUGAUUGGGGAAGUGAUUCUUGAUAAUUUGUUUGAAGUCUCUGAUCUCUCCAGGGAAGCCACAGUAUGGAAAGAUAUUCAUUGUGCUACCACAGAAAGCGUAGACCUGGGUGAAAUCAUGUUUUCCCUUUGUUACUUGCCGACGGCAGGGCGUAUGACAUUGACAGUCAUUAAGUGCAGAAAUCUGAAGGCGAUGGAUAUUACUGGCUCAUCAGAUCCUUAUGUCAAAGUGUCCCUGAUGUGUGAAGGUCGAAGAUUAAAAAAGAGGAAAACAACUACAAAGAAAAACACUCUAAACCCUGUGUACAAUGAGGCCAUUAUUUUUGACAUCCCUCCAGAGAACGUGGACCAAGUCAGCCUCUCCAUUGCAGUCAUGGAUUACGAUAGGGUAGGACACAAUGAGGUCAUAGGAGUAUGCAGAACAGGACUGGAUGCUGAGGGUCUUGGGCGAGACCACUGGAAUGAAAUGCUGGCCUAUCAUCGAAAACCAAUAACACACUGGCACCCCUUGCUGGAGGGCUGCUCCAUGUACAUCUGUGUACCAUGCUCCGCCUACAUUCUAUGAGACAUCCAUGUUGCUUCAUGGUAGCAGAGAAGUUACCUGGCCGGGCGACCAGUUUUGAUAGUCAAGGAUCCUGCCCUUCUCCUAAACCACCUUCCACACCAUAAUGCCUCCAAAAUAAGACCAUGAUAUUAAGAACCUAGGAUCACGUGCUCAUUCAAUCAGAAAAAAAAAGUAGAAGGUUUGAUUUCCUCAUUUAAAAUAUAUCCAUAGUAAUCAACAAACUUGAUGUGCACUUUUUCAUUUACUUUUAUUGUCAAUUUUUUAACUUUGAACAUCAAUACAUUUUACUUGAAUACAUAUAGUCCUUAGUUGCAUAAGGCAUUUUAUCCUUUGCGUCAAAUGCCUGUUAGCACAGAGUGUUUUACUAUGUUGUAAUUCUUUACAUAAGCAAAGAAAUUUUUUUAAACAGUUCAUAUUUAUCUAAAAUUAAAUAUAGUUUAUGCUGCUAUUGUACAAAGUAGCAGAUGUCACAUAUGUAUGGGUUUGAUUUUGUUACACUGUGUUCAUUUCUAAUUGUGCAUGUGGUUCUAUAUAAACUUAAAAGGAGAUUUUGAACUUAACUUACACAACAAAUCCUUGCACAAUCAAAUUAAUGUUACUUAUCUGAUAAUACUUUCUUUCAUUCUCAGAAAAUUACUUUCUUGGUGAGGUUUGGCUCUGCUAAACUCAAAACUUUGUCUCUCAAGCUUGUUCUUUAAAACACACAGACAAAGCUGUAAAUUUAAAGAAUCAUUUUGAAUAUAAAUUUAAGAAGUAAUGCUUACUGGCUGAAAAACGGAGGCUGAGCCAUUGUGGCUACCAUUUUAUACUGUUUUACUGUAACGUUAGCUCAAAUAUCUGUUGCACUGUUUAACUGAUAUUUUUUAAAUUCUAAUAAUCUUCACCUCAAAUGUAGCAUUAGUAUUUCUAAGUGAACAGAAUCAGAAGUUCAUUUUUUAAGUGUUUGUAAGGUUCUCAAGUACUGUGACAUGUAUUUUUUGUGACUUGAAGCUAUCAUAUAGAUCCUGUAUUUCUGAUAGACUGUACUAACAGACACCAAAGGAACACCACCACUGUCUGUGUUCAUCAUCGUUUAGAUUGUGCACAGUAAUGGUGACUCUUAAACCCAGUCAGAAGCUAAUCAUUGGAAUUGGGUAGUUUCAUAAAGAAAAGAUGAUUUAUUUUCAGCAAAAUAUAGAAAUAUACCAUAAAUAUUAAUAAUACACCUUCAACGCUUAAUAAUAAUAAACACAUUAAUUCUAAAGGCCCAGGCCUCCAGUCCUUGCAUGAAAGGCAUUUGCCUUCAUAAGGAUCAAGGUUCAGGCCACUACAUGUAAAAACUAUGCAAAUGUUUUUACAAAACAGAACUUUCUUUUAAAUCAGGUCAACAUAUUUUGUCCCAUUUUCAGGCCCUGUUGGAAAGUAUCUAUACUAAAUUACCGCAACCUUACUUUUGAGAUGUGUGGUGUGGAUAGUAUAUAUUUCAAGCUUAUUUCAAAAUUGGUGGUUUUUUUAAAAAAGGCAAGAAAAUAAAAACAUAUCUACCUGGAUGAGAAAAUUUUAUCAGCGGUUAUAAAAUUUUUAUUUUUGUAAAAUCCCAUUGUUUCUAAAUAUUAAAAAAAGUUUUAAAAGCAUUAACAUUUUGUUGACAUCUCUUGUAGUGAUGGCAUUACUAUUAAUUAAGAGGUAAAUAUUUUGCACAUUAACAUUUUAAAGGCAAACAUAGUUCUGCCUCAGAUUUUUCAAAAAUGCUUAUACCACCCUAAGGGAAAACAGGUACUCCUAGCUAACAUUUUCUCAUUUAAAAUAAUAGAAGAAAGCUGUUUGGAAACACUUGGCUACCUUGUCAAGCCUAAAAGGAUUAUUUGCUAUAGGUAAAAUGAAAGAUGACACUUGCAUUUUGAAAUUAUUUGUUUUAUUGGGAAAUAAAACUUUUCAAAUGGGAAGACAAAGUUAUACUAUUAAUAGAAUGACAUUUUUGGAGACAAUUGUUUUAUUACUAGAUAUAACUGAAGCUUAAAGUAAAUUAACAAUUACAUUUCCUAAGUGAGUAUAAUUCUUUUCACCCAAAAACAUAUUUGAAGGACUUUUUGUUGAUUCUUAGAAACUCGCUUUUCUUUACUUCCUAAGGAGAAAAAGCCAAUGCUUGUGAUGAAAAAAUGUGAACCCAUUGGCCAAUCAGAAGACUCUAAUAUGGGAAUUGUAGAUUAAAAUAAGUUUUUAAAAUAAUUUUUUAAAUGUUUCCUUGAAGUUAGAAUAAACUCAUCAUGCAAGGAUAUGUGUUAAUCCCGAGAAAGAGAUUAAGAAGAGGAAAUUCACCACAACUGACCUUUCAUGUAAUUCAGGAGGUAGGUUUAUGCUCAGAUUAAUAAGGCAUGAUUGUUAAAAACGACAGUUCAUAUUAUUAAAAUGUAAUCCUAACAUUUUUAAUACAACACACCCUCACUCUCUACAGCCCACACAUUCAUAUACACAUAACUUACCAUCUUUCUGCUUGUAAGUGAAGAUGAAAUAUUUUUAGUUUCAGUAUUUAAAAUAAGGUUGAUAUUACAAAUCUCCUCUCAUUUGUGUGGGACAUCACAUUUUAAUGACAGUACUGACACAUUAUGAAGUUGCAGUUCAGGUAUAUAAUGAAUAUCUAAUUUCAGGGACUUCUUCAGGGACUUACCAAAUAUAAGUCUAGGGAAAAAAAGAGUAAGGGUUGAUUCAUUAGCAUAACAACACUGAUAUUCUUUUUAGUUUUAGGGGAGGGAUGUGUUGUUGUUUUUACCUGAUUCACCAGGCAAUCACGGGGAUGAGGAAAUUGAAUAUGAAAAAAACAUUCAUGUUUGUGGAGUAUAUCUUUUCAUAAAACUCAAAACAUUGUUUUUUUCACACUGGUUUCCUAAUAAUAUUUUUCCCAACAAUUGUUUUUGUCAGGCCAACCCUGUGUUUCUGAUACUUCAUUUAACAUGUAAACAUUUCCAUAUUGAAUAUAUUCACAGUUCAGCAACAAAUAUCAUUAAGACUAGUGCUAGGGGAAUAAAGACAGGAAAGCAGAGCCAAGCACUCACUUUCUUAUGCAGUUUUGGGAAGUGUGUGCACGUUGUAGUUACUGCAGGGAGAUCACAACUGAUCAAUACUGACUCAGGUUUUUGAUAAAUAAAAGCAACUAUAUUUGAACCUAUUUGGUGGUGAUAGUUCAUUGACAUUCCCAACUGUGUUUAUUCUCCUCUGAUGUUUAUUAUUAUAAAUUUUUGCAACUCAGUAUAGAGGUAUCAAUCUCCUAAAGAAUUCAUUUAAUGAUUAAUUACUGCAAAAUUGAAAAAGCCAAACUUCCAACCCUGUGGUCAACUUUCACUAUCCAUAAAACAAAAUAUACCUUAUUUGAGGAUCAGUUACCAAAAGAGCCAAAGACUAUUACAAAUAAAGGGACACGAAAUCUUAACAUUGAACAUGUGGUAAUUUCUUUAGCUCCUCAAAAAGAGUACUUGAAAUUAUUUAAGAAUGUAUAUUUUUAUAGAAUUUAGUCUGACUUUUUUUUUGCCACCUUAGUUGUAAUACCAGGUAAUUUAAUUGCCUGAUAAUAAAGAACACCUGGAGUUGUUAAGGAUUUGAGAGCGUCAUUUGACCUCUACUAAAUAAAAAGAAAAUGCAGAGUUUUCUUCACUUGUUUUUGAAGCUGCUCUGGUUGUUUUGAGGUACUCUACUUGAUCUAAAUUUUUAUAAACUUUAGGCUAAAAAUAUAUUGCUGUCAAUGAGACAUGAUUCAAAGAAUGAAAGUAAAAUAAUUACAUGACAGUUGAGAAAAGAAGCUAAAGCGUAUGGAAAUAUGAUAUUGAGA